GUUCAUCUGCUGCUCAUUACUUAAUCUAGACAGCGUUUGAUUUGUUGAGUUCACUAAAUACUCUACACACAGACAGAGAUGGCAGAAACCGCCCCAGCUGCAGCCGCCCCGCCGGCCAAAGCGCCCAAGAAGAAGUCCGCCGCUAAAGCCAAGAAAGCAGGUCCAGCCGUCGGUGAUCUGAUCGUUAAAGCCGUGUCCGCAUCCAAGGAGAGGAGCGGCGUGUCUCUCGCUGCUCUGAAGAAAGCUCUCGCCGCCGGCGGCUACGACGUGGAGAAGAAAAACUCCCGCAUCAAGCUCGCCAUCAAGAGCCUGGUGACUAAAGGCAUCCUGCUGCAGGUCAAAGGAACCGGCGCCUCGGGAUCCUUCAAGAUCAGCAAGAAGGAGACCGAGACCAAGAAGAAGCCGGCGAAGAAAGCGGCUCCUAAAGCCAAGAAGCCCGCGGCCAAGAAACCCGCUGCUGCCAAGAAGCCCAAGAGCGCAGCGGCAAAGAAGCCCGCCGCUAAGAAAUCCCCCAAGAAGGCCAAGAAACCCGCUGCCGCCGCCAAGAAGGCCACGAAGAGCCCCAAGAAGGCGAAGAAGCCCGCGGCGCCCAAGAAAGCAGCCAAGAGCCCCAAAAAGACCAAGGCCGCCAAACCCAAGACAGCGAAGCCUAAAGCUGCCAAGCCUAAAAAGGUAGCUCCCAAGAAGAAGUAA